GAAGCAUUGAAUGCAGUGGCUUCUUCCUUCUUGUUAAUCCUCAUUAUCAUUGCUCUCUUCCUUCUUGACCAUGCAGACAGUAAACCUUACUCACUCUAAGUAUCGGUAUUGAUACGACGAAUUGCUUAAUAUAGGGCCGUCGGCUCAACCUUCCAUGUAAGUCACGAUAGUCUCCAUGUGAAUGAAGCUUGUUUUUCCAAAAGAGAUAAUACCGGCGUAAACAUCACGGUGCGCAGGCUGAAAGCUCUGAGUCAGGGAGGGGCAACAUGGUUUGUCGUCACACAACACGCCAAAGCAAAAAUAAUUUACACUAGCGCUUGGCUUUUCCUCUGAACUUCUUUUUAUACCUGAAAUCCCUCGGUUCCGCAAAUCAGCACACAAUGAGCCUUACACAAUAUACCCACGAUCCGCGCGAUCGUGAAUUUAUGCAACUAGCGAUCGAAAAAGCAAACGAAUCCAUUCCAGUCGAGAAAGCGUAUUGUGUCGGCGCCGUACUUGUACAAAAUGGCCAACAACUCACCAGCGGUUUUUCACGCGAAAUCCCUGGCAAUACGCACGCUGAAGAAUGUGCAUUGCUCAAACUUAAAGACAUUGAGGAAGCAAAAGGAGGAACAAUGUAUACGACUAUGGAGCCUUGUUCGACACGACUUUCUGGCAACAGACCGUGCACGGAUCGAUUGAUUGAAGCUCAGAUUGCUCGCGUUGUUAUGGGUGUCCGUGAACCGCCAAACUUGGUUCAGUGUACAGGAUUGCAGCAGCUUAGAGACAGUGGGAUUGAGGUCUUCGUAGUGCCCGAUGUGGAGGACGCAUGUUUUGCGCCAAACCAGCAUAUUAUUAAGCACUAGCAUCUAUCAUUGUGUACAUGUUGUCUUUGUUAUUUAAUGGAUAUGUGU